UCGAGCUAUACACGUUCCUUCGCCAUUCAGUGAAAUUGGGCUCUCUCCGUAUCAAGUGGAUUUUGUGAAAAGUGAUAAGUUUUGGAAAUUUGUGAGAAAAGUAAUAAUCAUGGUAAUCGACGGUUUAAAAAUGAUGUCAAAAACGCAACACUACCGCAAAGUUACAAAACCUCUAUUAGAACGUAAAAGACGUGCUCGGAUGAAUUUAUACUUGGACGAAUUGAAGGACCUUAUUGUGGAAACUAUGGAGGAGAAAGGCGAACAUAUAACAAAACUUGAAAAAGCGGAUAUUCUCGAGAUGACUGUGACUUUCUUAAAAAGUCGGAACGAUGCCGCUUCCGCUGAAUCUACAAAAUCUGAAAAGUUCCGUGCAGGAUACACACAAGCCGCUUAUGAAGUUUCACGUGUAUUCGCAUCAAUUCCUGGAAUCGACGUUAAGUUCGGAACGAAUUUAAUGAAACACUUGGGAUAUAAAUUAAAGGAAGUAGAUACUUCAAAAGGACGAGGUCAUGCAUCACCAUCUCAAUCUCCUGGACUUACUACUUCAUCAGUCCCAAUUUCACCUGAAAGGGUUCAAAAAUCUGCACCAACACCGGAGGCUGUCUGGCGCCCAUGGUAAUAACUCGGAUUGAAAUUUUUAAAAUAACAACUUCAUAUAUAUAAUAGUGUUAAAACAAAACAGCUUUACAUUAAUCUAUAAGCAUAGUUAUUUAGGAAUGCACCCCAUUUUCUAUAUAUUUAAUAUCAAAAGCUUUAAUUUCCCAGAUAAAAAUGUAAACUUUAAUAUUCCUUAAUCACGUUAUUUUCAUAAAUAGUUUGGUUUUCACAGUAAGUGGAAAAGCUUUAACAUUGAUUUGUAGUUUUGUGAUAAGUCUGUGAUAAUUAUA